GAUGACGAUCUUACACAGAUGAAUCUGUUUACAUUUUGUAGCUUUCAGGUAUUAUACUUGCAUCUGUUCGUAUAGCAAAUAUAAUGCCUUGGUACUUUCCAUGGACAGACUCAAUAAAGAAAAGAGCCUGCAGAUAUUUACUGCAACGUUAUUUGGGUCAGUUUCUACAGGAAAAGCUGAGCUUGAAUCAGUUGAGUAUUGACUUAUACAAUGGCACGGGCACAAUCAAAGAAUUGCAGCUGGAUGUUGACGCACUGAAUGAGUUGCUGGAGACGGCCAACUUGCCUCUAGAAAUCAUUGAUGGUUUUGUAGGCAGCAUAUCCGUCGUUAUACCAUGGUCUGCUUUGCUGAUAGAGAGCUCUGUUGUGGAAAUAUCGGGGCUGGAGUUCACCGUUCAGCCCAAGCAGCGAUUAGAUGAUGUGGCAAUGUUCGAGUCCAUGGUGAGUAGUAUGACCACCAGCAUGCAAUUGGCGCAGGAGUGCCUUCGUCAAGACAUAACUAACGAGGAAGCGGAGGAGCUGGAGUUUGCGCAGCCCUUUGAGGGCCUCGAGUCUUUUGCUCAGACAAUUGAAUCAGUGCUUUCAAGAAUCAGAGUGACAUUCUUAGAUGUGAUAGUGCGGUUGGAACAUGUGCCAAAAGAAUGCAAGUCUGGAGUGGGAUUGGAGCUUAGGAUUGACAGGAUCGAAUAUUUCGAUGAGGCAGGUAGUGAGCUGAGUGGCAACUCCGACCUGUCGAAGACUGUACACGAGACACCCAUCUUUGUUACGAAGGUGCUGCAGGUGUUCGGCCUGACUGUGUUUUGUGAUGAGUUUCCAGCAUAUGCUAGGACGCACUCCCGAGGUUCUUCAAGCAUGGACUUGUUCAUGUCUGCCCCAGAGUCACCUACCGACACUUUGAUACAGCCAAGAGAGAGUGAUUCACCACCUACGACAAGCACAUUUCAGUCUAACCCCAUCGUCAUUGGCAAAUUUUCUGGCAAACAUGAAGUCAAAGUGAAAUUGAAACAAAAUGACGCAGUCUCUGGACCAAAGUUUGAGCUCGAUGGAUUCCUUGGUUAUGCAAACUUUUUUCUCUCACCAAGACAAGUCCACAUUCUUGCAGGCAUGCUAAGUGGACUCAUUUUUCCAGAGACGGAGGACAGCAGUAAUGUUAGUCAUCAGGCAAGAAACAAACCUAUGCAAGCCGCUGAUUACCAGAAGAUAGAGAGUGAUCUGCAGAAGCAGAUCCGUGGUGUGCACACCAGCAGGAGGCCUGAGCAAGACCUGGUCACAGCACAUCUAGACUUUGACGAGGAUUAUUUCCCUGUGUCAGAGCAGAUGACUACCGUGGGAGUGGAGAGCAUGGUGUCUAGCAUCUCUAGUGACAUCAGCACCACGAGCACUGCAAAGAGUGACACCUCAGUUCCGUAUGGGAACUACUUUUACACUGGAGGUAAGCUGUCUUCGCCCUUCCGUGCAGUGCCAGCGAAACCAGUAGCACACAACAUCAGACAUCACUCUGUUAAACAGAAAGGUAAGCAUGGGAGCAUCGAUGAUCCCGCCGCUGACCUCACCCGAUACAAGGUCACGAUUAGCUGUCUGUCCGUUACGGUACUGCAUGAAGAUCCAGCGUCAAGCUCUCUCUCAGCAGAGAGAAAGGCAUCUUCCACAGGCUGCAUGGAUGAGAAGCAGAAGCGACUAGCAGAUGCAUUCUUUGAAGCUGUGAUGGGCAUAAGUGUCGCCGGUUACACUCAUCAACUGCACCUCCUUAGGGAGGAUUUUGCACGCGCCUGCUCGGCGGAUCACUUGCGGCUUAUAGCAUCACCCAUUACCCUCGAAGCCUGUGAGAAAAAGUCGAUCUCUCAUCGUAAUCUCGUGGCAACGGUCACCACGGGUAAUGCAGAGGUUGUUGAGUGCCUGUUUGAAAAGACGAGUAACGUCGCAUCUCAGGAAGGUCCACUGAACGAGCUGGUCAUGCCACACUAUAGCGAGCUGCUAAAGUUUACAAAGGAAUCACUGGAAUCACCUAGCAUAAAGGUUUCAGUGGAUAUUGUUGAGAGAAUAAGCCCUCAGGUCCGUCGAACUAGGAAUAGCAGCAAGCAACCUAAGACAGAAAUUCAUAUAGAGCUGGCAGAUUGCUCCUCCGACAUAGACAUCUCUAUUGUUGACAGACUCCACACACUGCUUAACCCACACUGGCCUCCGACUGCUCCAACUUCUAGCAUGUACAAACCAGCAGCUUCUAGCAUGGGACCGACACCCCUGAACUACUUCUCACAAGCUAUGGAUGAGGGUCCAUCACCCGAUGAUAACAAGGUCGAUCUACACAUAUCCAGUUCACUGGCAACGUUCAACGUUCACUUCCCGAUUGCCGACCUACGGCCCGAGCAGAACCGGCGCCCCUGGUGGCAGAGAGAGCUCAGAAAGGAGGUGCUAAUAUUGGAUUGUACAGAGCUGUACAUGCAUACUGUGAUCGGGAAUGAGGAUGGACAGCACAAGUUGGAGUUCACUAGCAAGGAGGUGCAUGUCGCAUUCCGAGAGUCACCAAGCAAGCCUCCCAUUUCUAUAGGACGAAUAAGCCGUGGAACCAACGGUGAUAGCUUCAGUUCAAAACGAGAUGAAGAAUUUGACUGGCCAAGGGUGGUGUUGAAAUUCAAUCCGGGAGUACAUCGCUCAGUGCUGGAAGAGCAACAGCUGACGGAAUCGGAUCCGGAGUCCAGCAGCAUGCCAUAUAUGGAUGAAACCUGUAACAUCAAGAAGCCAGAACCGUCACCUUUCUCUUCUCGGAAAGUCAUGUAUGAAAGUGAAGAGAUGGUGAUGCCAGGUGACAAACAGGAGAUGAUGGAGUUUCAGGACAAAGCUGCUGUUAGAACAGAGAUUGUAUUGGAGCUAAACUUACCAAACGUUAAUGUGUUUCUGCCAAGCAAAGACUUAUAUGAGCUUAUAUACAACAGACUAUGCAAUGACCUUUUCCUCUGGGAGUCUCUAGCACCGGCACCCAAAGAGAAGUCCGACCACUGCAUCAGUAUGGCACCACUGUCACUAGCUAGCCACUUACUGCCCAAAUCAGAAUAUUUCAGCUUGUGCAAGUCAGCACUGCCUUAUGAUUCAGAUUCAGAAUCUGAAGAUGAAAGUGGGCAAUACAGCACUGAGCAGCGGAGAGUGCACCGGUACCGGCAGAAGGCAGAAGCAUCAGGCCCCAGCAAGGUGGCCAUCAUACUCAAUGUUGCACAGGGUCAGGUGACACUUAGAACACCUAUCAAGGAUGUCAAUGGAGAGGAGAUUCUUGGUAGACAUGGACAGUUGGUUGCUCAGGUCACAGAUGGGAGUAUGUUCCUGGUUGCCUGCUAUAAAGGCCAACCAGAGGUUGCAUACAUGUGGUUCCUUUCAAACCGCUUUGCUCUUUUCCACAGAGCAUCAGUAUCGAAUUCAACCCCAUGCCCAAAACUAGAGCGGGUCACAAUGAAGUACCCUACUGGCAUGGACCCGACACUGUACAAGUCAGAGAGUGGAGUUCACACAAAACUAUCAGGGCAGGUGGGGUCAGGCGGGGACAGUCUGGACAUGCUUAGUGUUGCUCUGAAGCUUAACUUGGACACCUACAGGAGUAUAAAGGACAUAGUAGUGGCUCUAGCAGUUCGUGGGGCAACAUUGCAGUAUAGAGUGAGUCCCGCAGGCCAGACCUGGCUGGACCAGGUGAUGGACUUCUUUAAAGUGUAUGACUAUCCUGUAUUGGGCUACAGCUUCCCUGCCGUUGUAACGGAGCUUCAUGUACACGUGUACAGCUGCGCCGUUGAUUACAGGCCAUUGUAUUUACCUCUGAGAGCCAUUGCUGUUGUAGAAGCUUUCAGCGUAUCCAGUAAUGUGGUAGCUGAAUCUCCUACAUCAUUACUAAGGUUCAUAUUGGAAGAUGCAAGUCUUUAUCUAUCUGAGAAGUGUGAAGCUCCUGUGGUGGAACUGAAGAAAAAUUACGUCUGCGUGAUGGACCUCGGCUUAUUUGAGCUGGUGCUGAGGAUGAGCACGGGACAGGACCGGCGCUACCCCAAGGUGGACAUGCGCGCGAGCAACAACAUACUGCACAUCCGCACAUGCGCCGAUUCCUGCAUCGCGAUGCAGCGUUUGCUCACCUACCUGGCUGCCGAUGGCGACCUCACUGGCGACUCGAUAUCAACUGCUUCUUCCAAGGUGUCGACGACGGAGACAGCGAGAAGUGACAGCCCGCUGCAGGGCUCCGUUCACGGCAGCGAGGUUCACGACCUGAUGGCGGAGGCCAUGCGCGAGUCCUGUAGCUCCAGCCCGGAAAUGAGCCCCGGAGGAACUAGACGGAGAAGCCACGACGUGACGGGUGCUGACGGCUGCGAGGUCUUCUUCUUCCCUGACGAGGGAAACCGAGGGGACGGCGACACAAGGUCGAUGGGCUCAGCGGAGAUGUCGGGAAGCAAGACGUCGACGACGACAGCGACGACCGACGACACGGAGGAGGUGAUGGAUGAUGAGGAGUUCUGCAUCAUCAAUGACCCAGGACUCGGCAUAAUCCCAAGAAGUGGAGAACCAGAGAUUAGAAUUCUUACGCACGAGCCGGUCAAAGUUGUGGACAACCAUUUUAAGCUUCCAGAGGGGAAAGCUGACCAACUGAAAGCUCCAGAGCACUUCCCCGUACCAGUGAUGAGAUACACCCUUCGUGAGAUGACUGUCGUUUGGCAUAUGUAUGGAGGGCACGACUUUGAAAAAUGUGAGGGUGCCGACUUGAGGAAAGAUAAGCUUGCACUCGGUACGAUGGCAUCGCCGGCAAAGUCUCCAGGUGAUUUCAUGCCCAUGGCAUCCCCAUCUCUGGGUACAAUUAGCCGAGAGCGUCCGUACCUGCAGGACUAUGCAGGAGUAAAGACGAAAAGGUUGUCAUGGGUUCACAGGGGUGGGCCUGGACGUUGCAUAGACACAUGCAUGGAGCUUCAGCUCAGUAAGAUUCGCUUCCAGUUUGAGCAGUACCCAGACACAACAGCGCACGCAAGCCGAAUAAUACUCAUGGUGAAGGAUGUGGAAAUACGUGACCGCCUUCACAGCAGUCAAAUAAACAAGUUCCUGUACCAGUACACAAGCGAGGCAAGACCCAAGCAAGCUCAUGCCAACAUGGUUGUGGUGAAGGCAGUCAACAUGCGACCAGAGAAGAAUGUAGCAACAGAGGAGUGUUCACUGAAGAUCUCUAUUCAGCCUCUGCGUCUCAAUGUUGAUCAGGAUGCACUUUUCUUUCUGCGAGAUUUCUUCACGGAGAUUACAGUAGAUACAGGGACUCAACAUGAGUCAGGUCCAAAGACUUUGCCCGACCCGCCGGUCAUGCUGACCCAGAAUGCACCGGAGCAGACGGACGAACCGGAGCAGGAGAUGCUGCUUAUGUUCGGAGAGGAUUCGCAGUUUGCUGAAGAACUUCAACAGAGGCUUUCCGCCGACCAUCAGGGAGCAGCCAUGGCAGAGGACCUGCCACCUGUCCCUCAGCCGAUCUUCUUCAAGUCAUUCGUGUUUUCCCCGGAAGUUCCCAUCAGAUUGGACUAUCAGGGCAAGAGAGUGGACAUGGAACAAGGCACCUUCACUGGACUCAUUAUUGGCCUGGCUCAGUUCAAUUGUACUGAACUGAAACUAAAGAAACUCAGCUAUCGCCAUGGGCUGCUUGGAUUGGACAAACUAGCAGUAUAUGCAGUCAAGGAAUGGCUAGAGGAUAUAAAGAAGUGCCAAAUACCUAACAUAUUAGGUGGAGUUGGACCCAUGUCAUCCCUGGUUCAGCUUGUGCAAGGAGUCAAGGAUCUAUUCUGGCUGCCUAUAGAGCAGUAUAGGAAGGACGGUCGUAUUGUGCGAGGGCUGCAGCGAGGAGCCGUGGCCUUCUCCACCACAACAACCAUGGCUGUGCUAGAGCUUACCCACAGGACAGUCCAGAGCAUUCAGAGUGCAGCUGAGACGGCUUAUGAUAUGAUGUCACCAGGUCCCAGUGUAAAACUUCAUCACCCAGGGCAACAUAAACGACAUCCCAAUGCUACGCAGCCUGCAGACCUUAGAGAAGGUGCCACUAAAGCCUACUAUGUGCUAAAAGAGGGUAUUGGAGAGACGACCAAGAAUCUAGUUCAGGUGGCGACCGAGGAGCAUGAGCACAAGGGCGUGUACGGUGCGGUGGGCGGGGUUCUCAGACAGAUACCGGGCACCGUCGUAAAACCUGUGAUCUUUGCGAGUGAAGCCACGUCAAACGUGUUGGGAGGCAUGCGCAACCAGCUGCAACCAGACGCUAGGAAGGAGGCCGUCGAAAAGUGGAAGAAGGACUAUGAGUGAUUGUAUAUUUUUCCAUUAUCAUUGCGCACCUCGAUGUGAAAAAGCCAUUAUUUAGCGGCAGCAGUGCCACCCUUGCUUUCAGUUUAGCAAACUUGUUUUGUACAUAAGAAUUGUCCUUGUAGAUGAGUGCAGUACAUCGUGAUCUGCUAAAAUAUCUUAAUAGUCUCAUGUAAUGAGAAUAAGAAAGUAUUGCAUAAAGUUGUCAAUUAUAGAACUCAGUGGACAAAAUUAUAUUAUAUAUGUAUAUAUAUA